AUGUCUUCUCCGACGAACGUCGAGAAGGGAAUCCGUCGGCGGCUGCCCCCGCCGCUCAAUCGGAUGGGACUCUUCGAACCGUACAUCAAAGACGGAAAGAAGAUCACUGAGAUCGUCAGGUACCCAAUCAAAUUUUUCAAAUGCAUCCCAACCUUAAACAACUUUAGAUUGAACCCAGUAGAAGUGUUCCUCGCCGGCUUCAUCCCUCCGAUGUUCGGCUCGAUCUCCGCCAUCGCCAUCGCCCUCAUCUUCCACAACGACGAAAUCAGCAACUACAACUGGCAGUGCGGAGUGAGUCAUAUUAGAUACCCAAUCAGUCCGAAUCGUGAUUUCUUCCAGCGCGCCCGUCUUCCUUCCCUCUCCAGAAUCAUCAAUUUGCCCGUGGAACGGACGUUCUGGCAACUGUUCCUGUUGUUCCACGUGCCCAUCCGAGUCGUCGAGUUGAUCACUGGAUGUAAGCUUUCAUUGAAAUGCCUGCCACGUCACAAUUAAUAUGUUCAGUCUCUCGAUAUAAACGAAUGAGAAAUGUGAACUAUAAGCGUGUGUGGCUCUACGAACUCAGCCGAUAUCUCUACUUUGUCAUUGGUCUCAUGGAACUGAUCUUCCUGUCCGGUCUCUCGAUUAUCGGAGAAAGAGAGAACAUUCGUAAGUGGGAAUAGAAUUGGAAACGACAUCUGAAAGUGCUUCAGAAGUGCACGUCAUCUUCUUCUACGUGUUCGGAAUCUGCGGAAUCGUCCACAUGAUUGCCAACAUCUUCUGUCACGCCCACUCUCUCUAUUAUCUGAAUCCAUACGUGAGUGCCCCACUCUCUAACUCUUCUCAUCUUCCCAUUUGAAGGGCCGUCUUUCCUACAACCUCAAGAUCCUUUUCACUACUCUCUACGUCUUCUCCACUCCCGUCCUAGUGAUCUCUUUCGUCCUUUACUGGCGACAAUGCAUCACUUGGGGUCAGUUUCGCCCCUUUUUUCUCCGUUCCAAUCCAUCCGUUCGUUCAGCCUACGACGUCUUCGCCCUUUGCGAGUACAGUGGAGUCUUCCUGAACAUCUGCUUCCACGGAUGUGCAUUCUUCGAUAUCCGAUACAAAGUCACUUUCAGGCAAGACUUUCAAGUUAUUUCAGAGUUCUCACAACCGUUUUCAGUGUUCGGAAGAUCGAGGAUGUCGUUCAAAACGAGCCGAGCAAGCAGCCGAUCGAGGCGCUUCCUGAGAAGCACUAG